UGUCACAUAACCUGACAUAACCCUACAUAUUUAGAUCGUUUUUGUUGUUUUUGCAAAUUUAAAAAGUAAUAAAAAAUAACAAAAACCGGAACGUGUAUUAAAUACCUAACAAAAUAUGUGGGAGAAAACAUUAAAAAUGUGUUGAAUUUUGAUAAACGGAAUUUUGUAUAUUUUUGGAAAAACGAUAUGUGACAGCCAAAAGAAGUUCAGAUUCGCAAUCUACAACCCCAAAAUAGGCGUUCAUUGACGUUAUUACAAUUCCUAGAUAAAAGCCCAAAAGCUGUAAAAUGGUUAGUUGUGCAGCAUGUGGUUGCAGCCAGACAAAAACCACAAAAGAUAAGGGGAUGACAUUUCAUAAGUUUCCAAAAAAUGAAAAAAUAAGAAAAUUUUGGAUUGAGUUUGUCAAUAGACCUAAUUGGACGCCUGCCAAACAAUCCUGUUUGUGUAGCUCACAUUUUUCACAGGAGUGUUUUGAUAGAAGUUCCUCAUUGAUAGUGAGACUGCGUGAAAAUGCUUUACCUACACUUACAGUUACUAGAGUGAAAUAUGUUCGUUCUUUUUAUGAAGAAGAAUGUUUUAGUGAACCUUCUACUAGCCAAGCAGCACAAUUACUAAUGCAAGAAGUAGAGGCAAAUAUACCUAAAUCUGCGACCUGCAACUUUACGGUUAACUCGAAAAACCAAGAUGACAAUAGUCAAGUUUCUACCCCUAUAAACUCCUCUCAGUUUGUAGACUGUAAAAUUGAAGUGAAAGUUGAAAACCAAGAUUACAUUUUUGCUGAGGCCCCUAGCCCUAUAACUUCUCUUCAAUUAACUCCUGAUGAUACCACUCGUUUGUUUUUGGAAAGAAAAUUGAAUGAGAUGUAUAAAAUGGACAAAAUUAAAUCUAAUAAAAUUAGGUAUCUCCAGAAAAAAAAUUGGGCUCAAAAGAAAAAGAUUACUGCCCUAACCACUAUUGUCGCGGAUCUUAAAAGCAAAAAUGUAUUUCUGAAGAGUAUGGCGAAACAAUGUCUAGUGCAGCAGUAUAAUUCAAACGACCAUACAUACCAUUACACCAUAUAAUCGAAAAGAAAUGGCGUCGAGUUGGCACAGAAAUGAACAUCGAUGACAUUUCCCAUAUACAUGGUUGUUCACCACAUAUGACACGGAGUACUGUGGCUAAACGAUUAGAUUUUUA